GCCGGCUCCACCCCCCGGUCCCGGGCGGUGCUUCCGGUGUUAGUUUUGGGGUGGACUCCGCACGGGGCUGUUCCCAGCUCCAAAAGAGUCCCGGCCCGAGCCGUGGGAUGCCCUCACGCAGCGGGGCCCAGCUUUCCCGCAAACUGGGGCAAAAAAAGCAGCGACCACUGACAGCUGAGCAGCCUCAGAGCCCACCCAAUGGAGCACACAUUCCUUUCCCCAAGGAGCCCCGCCUGGAGCCGCCCAAGACCCUGGUCCCCCAACGCAGCAUCUAUUUCUCGAGUCCCAAAGGCCACCCUGCUCGCCUGGGAUCAGACUUUUUCGACCAGCCUGCCGUCCUCCUGGCCCAGGCAUUUCUGGGACAGGUCUUGGUCCGGCGAUUGGAUGGUGGCACAGAGCUCCGCGGCCGCAUUGUGGAGACUGAGGCAUACUUAGGGCCAGAGGAUGAAGCUGCCCACUCGAGGGGCGGCCGGCAGACUCCCCGCAACCGUGGCAUGUUUAUGAAGCCGGGGACCCUGUAUGUUUACCUCAUCUAUGGCAUGUACUUUUGCAUGAACGUCUCCAGCCAAGGAGACGGGGCAUGUGUCCUGCUACGAGCACUGGAGCCCUUGGGGGGCAUGGAUACCAUGCGACAGCUCCGCAGUGCCCACCGGAAGGGCAGCGCCCGAGCCCUCAAAGACCGCGAGCUCUGCAGCGGCCCCUCCAAGCUCUGCCAGGCCCUAGCCAUUGACAAGAGCUUCGACCAGCGGGACCUGGCAAAGGAUGAGGCCGUGUGGCUGGAGCAGGGCCCCCCUGAGCCCAGGGAGCCGGCUGUGGUGGCAGCAGCCCGAGUGGGCAUUGGCCACGCAGGGGAGUGGGUCCAGAAGCCACUGCGCUUCUACAUCCGGGGCAGCCCCUGGGUCAGCGUGGUGGACAGAGUGGCUGAGCAGGGCACACAGGCCUGAGUAAGGCAGGCUUUUUAAUUGUUUAAAAACUAAAUAAAUGCUUCAUUUUCUAGAAAA